GUUUAAAUUUUCCGACGGGUUGGUUCAUAUUAUCGCUUAGUUUCUGUUAGAUCAACCAACUUUUUACUUUCCUUUCCUUUUUGAGCUUUUUUUUGCUUGUUUGUUUGCUGUGGAAUUGAAGGCAAAUAAACGGAAAGACGAAGUGAGGAUGCCAGAGAUCCAGUUGGGUGCUCACACUGUUAAGUCCCAUGGGGUGAAAGUUGCAAGGACUCACAUGCAUGACUGGCUCAUUCUUUUGCUUCUCAUUGUCAUAGAGGUCAUUUUAAAUGUUAUAGAACCAUUUCACCGCUUUGUUGGAGAGGAUAUGAUGACUGAUCUGAGAUACCCACUGAAAGACAAUACUGUUCCCUUUUGGGCCGUUCCUAUUCUUGCAAUACUGCUGCCGUUUAUUGUCAUUAUUGUAUACUACUUCAUCAGAAGGGAUGUUUAUGAUCUACACCACGCCAUACUGGGACUUCUGUUUUCUGUGCUUAUCACUGGUGUUAUAACUGAUUCUAUUAAAAAUGCUGUUGGUCGACCUCGUCCAGACUUCUUCUGGCGUUGUUUUCCUGAUGGAAAAGGGGUGUUUGACCCUGUGACAAAGGAUGUUAUGUGUACUGGAUUAAAGAGUGUCAUCAAGGAAGGCCACAAAAGUUUUCCCAGUGGUCACACUUCGUGGUCCUUUGCUGGUCUUGGAUUUCUUGCGUUAUAUUUGUCUGGAAAAAUCCGGGUAUUUGAUCGCAGGGGCCAUGUGGCAAAGCUAUGCAUCGUCUUCUUACCAUUACUUAUUGCUGCUUUAGUGGGAAUUUCUCGAGUCGAUGACUAUUGGCAUCACUGGCAAGAUGUUUUUGCUGGGGGACUUCUAGGGAUAACAGUUUCAUCAUUUUGUUACUUGCAAUUCUUUCCAGCGCCAUAUGAAGUAGAUGGCUGGGGACCUCAUGCGUAUUUCCAGAUGUUGGCGGAGUCUCAAAAUGCAAAUCCAUCCAACGCGAAUGUACAACAAUCGGACCUGGAGGGUGGAUAUAUGGAUUCACAGCAUGAGAGGGAGUUAUUAAGAGUCAAUACUAAUGACUCCAGCCCUAUUCUUGAAGGAACGAACGGUAUGAUUAGAUAUUGAAGUAUGGAAUGUUGUUGUUAGAGUGUACA